GUGUUUUAAUGUUUGAAAGAAUUUCUACAGCCUGGAGGAACCUUGUACCCAAUGGACUCUGGGGCUUUGGUUUAUCUAGAGCUGCACUGAAUCUCUCAUAUCACCUCUACUAUUGGAGAAUGUCUCGUAUCCUCUACUCAUUCCUGCUGCUCUCCAUCUUCUCAAGAUCAUUUGGUGACCACGUUUUUAUAGGGAUACCUAAUGGAGGACAGUGGGGUGAAUGGGGCACGGUGGAGUGGUGCCCAUGUGGUUAUCAUGCAAAGGGAUUCUCCCUAAAGGUGGAAGAAAAGCAGAAAGCCGAAGAUGACACAGCGCUGAACGGGAUACGUCUGCACUGCUUGAACAAGACGGAGAAAGUCCGAAAUCCAAGAACUGAAUAUCUUAUCACGUCAACUGAAUCCCCCUGGGGAGUGUGGAGUCCUACCUUAUGGUGUCCUGAAGGACAUCUCAUCCGCUUCAGCAUGCAAGUGGAGCCACCAAGAAAAGGUGUAGAUGACACAGCUGCUAACAAUGUAAUGUUUCAGUGCUCUGACUAUGAGAUCCUGUUUGGACCUGGACAAAGUUGGGGCCAUUAUGGCCGUUGGAGGGGAAAAUGCAUGGAUGGAAUUUGUGGCAUAAAGACCAAGGUGGAGUCACCACAGGGCAGCGGAGACGACACGGCUCUCAAUGACGUCCAGUUUAUCUGCUGUAGGAGUUAG